GCAAAUGUGGAAUGUCACGCAACGUCACAUCCCUAAUAUUAUGAUACUAAUUAGCGUCGUCUUAUACUAAUGCCCAAAAUUGCACGCAUAACCAGCGGAAUUUGCAUUCGUGAACAAAAUGGUACAUGGGAUCCUACACUACUCAGUACGAAAGUCUGGAUUUGGACACUCUAAUGUAACAAAGUAAGAUUUGAUGCUCACUACACCUGCAUUAUUCAGUAGUUCCCAUACAAACAAAUAAGGACGAUUAUCGUCCCAUGCAUGUCUUGUUCUCUUAACGAACGUACCACGGUCCAUCGCAGAACUGGGGAUGAACUUGUGCCAUGGGUGGGAUCCAGCUAAGUGGUCACUUUAUAUAAACGCAAAACGGAUUUCACCUGUGCCAGUAUUGCUACUCAGGUUUGCUCAACAUUCGGGAUGAUUAUACAGGUAUCUUUUGUCAUAUUGGUUGCCUCGUUAGUAAAAGGAAAUCCACUAGACUACGGAGAACACCAUGGAUUAGCUCUAUACCAAUCUCACCAUCAUCCGGUGCAUCUAAAGCCAGAGCCUGUGGCAUAUCCCAAGUACCAUUUCCAGUAUGGAGUAAAAGAUGGACAUACUGGCGAUAUAAAAGAACAGAGUGAACACAGGGAUGGAGAUGUGGUUAAAGGAGAAUACUCUUUGGUGGAACCUGAUGGUACGAUAAGAAAAGUCCAGUACGAAGACGACGGACAUAGCGGGUUCAAUGCAAUAGUUACCAGAACGGGACAUGCUGUGCACCCUGUAGCUCCCGUCAAGUUAGCGCUGCCUGCACACCAUUACCAUCAUUAACCAUCUUUGAAUACUAGUGACGAUACAUCGGAAAUCGCGUGUAUGAUAUUUGCUAUAUGAAUUCAUAUAGUUUUUAAAUAGUUGAUACGAAGACAGUACAACUGUGAUCAAAACCAUGGGCAUUACUUUACUUAUAUACGGGAUAUUAUUUUUGAUGAUGUUAUGGAGACUAUCAUCAACCAGCAGACUGGUAAGAUAUAAGAACGGAACGUUAGCACAUGGCUUUCUAUGAGGAUUUCAACAUUACUGGCGUAGGGGAAACAACAAUGAGGGGAUAAAUAAAAACCAGAUAUACGUAAAAAAUCUGUAGCUUCAGAGAUUUGGAAGCUAAACAAUCUUUGUCUAAAUAAUCCAUAGAAUAUAAUGUUGAGACGGAUUCAAUCAGACACUGCAGAAAUCACUAUAGUCCAUUUUUUACAACAGUAUCCCUGUAUCGUUUUAUUUUCAUGCUCCCAAAACCAUUGUCAUCUGUAUGACUAAGAUGGUCCUUUAAAAAUAUACCCCAAAUAUUUCCAAUAGCUGUCUGUAAAGAUAGUAUAAAGAUGCCGAAGAAAUACAUUUUGAUGCUUGGUAGUCAAAUAAGCACGUGGGUUCUUCUACAACCGAUUGCCGAUUAUUAAAGAAGGAUGAUCGAAUAAGUCUGUUCUUUUGGUUCAUGGCUUUGAUAUAAAGUUGGAAAUAAGACUUUCUCAGGUAUUUAUUCCCUUUGUUCGGGUUCCCUUGUGUACCUAAAAAUAAUCAAACAUGCAAAAUUAAAACCUGUGACACAUUAAUAAAUCAAUAUUAAGAUGUGAUUUUUAAUAACAAGCAAUGAAAAGUAUGACUAAUGUGACUCUUUUACCAUACCACUAACCAUAUUUAAUGCUAAAACUACUUAAGUCCAUAAUAUUUUUUUUGGAUCCCUAUUAUUAAUAAAAUGUGGAGGUGAUUCGAUAUUUCAUCCUUUUGGAACACAAAUACCACAUUAGCCCAAAAAACUACUUCAAAUCACGUUUAUUUGUGACUGACCCAGUUUUUAUUGUCUCUUGGAACAUUUGAAUUAUGGGACCUUAGGACUGAUUUAAGUAUAUCCUGGAAUACACAACAGCUUUUUGUGAAAUUAAGUGAUAUGGAAUUUAAUUGUAGGUAUGUAAUUUAACAGACGUCUUAAUGCCUUAAUUAAACAUUUUAAUGACAAUCAUUGUUGAAUUUGUAAAUUUGCCAAAAUGUCCUAGUGUCUCAUAGGGAAUAAGAAAGUGUUAAGAUCCGCAUAGAAAGUAUUGGAGCGAGUUCCGAGAUAUCGAUGAACUUAGCUUUAACUUAUAUGGCAUAAAGGUACAGUUCUGCUUUUUAUUCCCUUUAUAAAAAUACCGCAUAAAAUAUCCCUUUCUCCUUCAUCUCUCUGCUUUGCUGCAUGAUGAACAAAUUUCAACGUGUGUAGAAAUGCCUUUCGCUUUUUUCUACUGCUUCUGCAGAACAAACUUCCUCCAAUACACAUACUUUUAAUGCUUUGCAUUGUUCCUUUGCCUUUUUUUGUUAUUUCUUCUCAUACCUUUCCUACCUUUUAAGCAAAGACAUGACUUUUUCACAAAUUUAUGAAAACUGCAUGGCUUUUACCGUUUCUCAAAUUAAAAGGUGUCACACCGCUGUAAGUGCUUUUUUUGUCAUAUUUUUUUUGUGGAAGAAAAGGUAAUAUAAUAGUAAGAUUGGCAAACGUUAUUGAGAAUAUAGUUAAGUAACCAGAAAACGAUCAUAAUAAAAUAUUCAAAAAUGGUAGCAGCGCGAGGUACAUAGAAUUUGAAGCGCGCAGUGCGGCUGCAGCAAAUUUGGAUCGAGAAAAAGGACAAACAAACCAAUUAUGGUUUGUUUUUCCUGUACCAUACACAUGCACAAUGUUUAUAGUUAACGAAAUACGUA